CACUUCUUCACCAUAACAAAGUCAUUCAGUUCCUCUUCAUCUCUCGACAACCUCGCCCCUCCACUCGACCGCACAUCCCGUGCACUAGCCAGCCAAAAUGUCUCGCGCAGGCGUCUCAAUACGCCACGCCACAGAUCUCAACGCGCCUCCACCGCCAGACCAAGACGAGACAUGUCCCGUGUGCAAGACAACACGCUACUUCAACCGUGACAUGGAAUUCCGCAUCAACCCAGAGUGCUACCACCGCAUGUGCAAGACCUGCGUCGAGCGAAUCUUCAAAGACGGCCCCAACCAAUGUCCCUACGCCGGCUGCCACAAAACCCUUCGGCUUCGCGGUUUCAAGACUGCUUUCUUCGCGGAUCUUGCUGUGGAGCGGGAAGUCGAUAUCCGGAGACGGGUGGCGGCGGUGUUUAAUAAGGUUGAGGAGGACUUUGAGACGCUGGAUGCUUAUAAUGAGUACCUGGAGAGGGUGGAGGUUUUGACAUGUGAUCUCGUCUAUGGCACCGAUGAGCAGAGGAGGAAGGCUGAGGCGGAACUUGGGGAGUGGGAGGUGAAGCACAAGGCGGAUAUUGAGCGCAACAGACGUCUUGCGCGUGAAACAGCCGAUGCUCGUCAACGUCGUAUCGCAGCAGAGGAGGAAGAAGCUCGACAGCGACGAUUACGUGAACAUCAAGAAGAACUCGAAGAAAAGGCCAACGCCAAGCGCUUCCGUGAAGAAAUGCUCGACUCGCUACAAAGCGCAGAAACGGGCCGUGCCACUGAAGCGAUGGACAAGAUCAUGCUCAAGAAACGAGGACACAACAAGCGAGACGCAGCACUCGGCGCCGCAGGAAGCAGCGGUCUCUCUAUCAGAGGGCUGCGCGAGAAAAAGACAGCCGUGGUGGAGAACAAGCCGUACGAUCCGUACGGCGGCGUGCGCGUCAUGCCAGAGCGCGUGGACCUUUCGCCGGAGAAACUAGCGCUGUAUAGCAACGAGUGGGUCGAGGAGACAAGGACGAAGCCCAAGUUCAAGGCUGGAGGGUACAGUCCUGAUGAGUACCUCACUCGCGCUUUGUUCGAGGCUUUUUCAGGGCUGGGUGUGUUUGUGGAUGAGGAGAAGGUUGAGAAGAGUGUUGCUACAGCGGGCGCGAAAGAAGCUGCUAUGACGGGAGAUACGGGGGGUAGAAUGGACGUCGAUGAUCCGUUCUAGUGUUUUCGUCGUUUACAGGGGCAUAGCUAUGGAGUUUGGGCGUUUGGGAAAAGACACUGAGGGAUAUAACGGAACUGGAGUUUUGAAGAUGGUAAAAAAAUGACACGAUACCAUGACUACAGAGAACAUACACCAGACACAGUGAAUACAGAGAAAUAAUUUGAUGAUAAUUGUAUUUUGUAUGACUGCUACUAUACUAAUCCAAAAGGAAAAAUCACCA